AGCCAUUUUGGCUCAUGCCGCCCACCAGCGGGCGAAACCCCCAUUGUUCAAGCGAGCUAGGCCAUGUCCCCCCUUGCUCUCUGGCAGUGGAGUUUCUUCUGAAGUGGAAAUGACGCUACGGGAGGGCGCGGAGGAUGCGCGCCCAGGUUGUCCUCGCCGUUCGGCGGCGGACCGCAAAGCCAGCCGAGCUUGGGCAAAGGAGUCAUCAGACAGGGCACUACGGAACGUGGUGGGCGAGCUGGGCAGGACUCGUGAGCAACUUCGUCGAGCAGACGAGGCACUCGAGAUGUUGUUAGGCGAUGGGCUGUUGGUGGAUCGCAUAUUGUGUAUUCUUCCUGCGAUUGAGCAGCUUCUUCAGGGCCGACGGCCAAGCUGGUUGGACACUCUUCGCAGAAAUGUAGCAUUACACGCAUAUGCUCCCAAUAGCAAGUUUGCAACAGCCUCGGCAGCUGAUCUUCGGAAGGCUCAGCAUGGGCCGCGGCUUGGAGGUCAGGUGGUGCAGUCGCUCAGCCCACAUGCUAAGGAGUUUGUUCCGGCUGCGACCGCCGUCGCUGGCGGCGAAGGCCGCACAGAGACGGCCACGGGCGUGCCCCCCGCCCAAGACCCCCGCGGAGGGGGCGCUGAGGGUGCGCAGGCGACGGGCUUGGCGGUGGCGCAGCCGUUCGGGGCCGAGGACACGGAGCUGCCGCCCGAUUUCGGCGAGGAGCAGGAGGCCGUGGGCACAGAGAGAUACGGGGGGUCGCUGCCCUGCCGCUGCUGUCGCCGCCGCCGUGGUCGCUGACACGGCGGAGCGGCAGGCCGACGGUGCAGGAGGUGUUGAUCCGAGCGGGACGGUCAACGUCGGUAUCCAGGGCGACGUGGACUUUGUCGAGGGCGUGGAGAAGCAGCUGAGGCUCUGGGGCCAGGCGUGCCCUGGCCGAGCGACCCGUCCUUUCGUGCGGCGCCGCGCUCGGGUGGACGCGGCGAGCUUGCUCAAUUUCUGGGCUGCCUAUCCCGCUGGAGUGUCGCUGGGCGCUCUGGAGUCGGAGUCAGACUCCAGCGAGGAUGUGGCCGCCGACGGCGUGCGCAACCAGAAGGGCCAGCUGAUGACGAGGGACGAGGCCUGGGAAGAGUACCUGGCCAUGGAGGCGAAAGGAGCGCGUCUUCCUGCAUGGCGUCGUCCGAGGUUCAACCAGUUGGAGGCCUUCCUGGGGCUCGCCGAGGACUGAUCUUCCUUGUUUUUUAGGCUGCCUUAUCGCUCAGCGGUAACGGACAGCCACAGAGCCAAUAGGAGCCAAUA